AUGAGCAGAGGAGCCACCUUGCAGCGCCGGACGACCUACCUGAUCUCCCUGACCCUCGUCAAGCUCGAGUCGGUGCAGCAGCAAGGGCAGCAGCAGCAGCAGCAGGAGGACGACAAGGCGGGGGUGGGAGAUGGAGCCCCCCAGCCCGACUGCAGAGAGGGCCCUUGCCAGGACGCCAGCCCUCCGGCCUCGCCGGCCGCAGACCACGCCGGGGUGAAGGGCCACAAGGAAGCCCAGGAGGCUGCCAAGCACAAGAGGCAGGAGCGGAUCUUCCACCGGCAGGAUGCCCUCUGGAUCAGCACCAGCAGUGCCGGCAGCACCCCUGACUACUUGCUCCAGCUGUCGCCCAGCAGUCCCGGGAUGCCUGGUCCUUCGCUGUCCCCAGACAAUGCCGGACGGGCUAGUUCCCUUUGGACGUCGCCCACCAGCAGCAGCCAGGGCACCUUUUGGGAGGCGAACGUGGGGUCUUCGGCAGGCCCCAAGGCCAAAGCCUCCGUGAGCCCACAGGCGCCUGCUGUGGGCCCAAAGCCUGAACUCCUGGGGCCUUUGGUAGCACCGGCGAUGUCCCCCAAGCCCGAGCCAGCGGUGGCCUCUGCCACGCCACCGGUGCCACCCGAGCCUGAGGCCGCCGUGCCCUUUCUAACUCCAGCUGUGGCCUCCAAGCUGGAGCCAGCGGUGCCCUUUGUAGCUCCACCUGUGCCCCCGAAACCUGAACCAACGGUGCCCUCUGUAGCCGCAGCUUUCCUGCCAAAACCUGAGCCGGCUGUUCCUUCUAUCACUCCAACUAUCCCCCCCAAGCCAGAGUUUCCGGCAGCUGCCUUCCUUCCACUUGCUGCUCCCAAACCUGAGGCGGGGGUCCGUUCCAUCUCUCCGGCCGUGACUGCCAAGUCUGAAGUCACUGUGGUUCCAGCAGCCCCUGCCGUGGCCCCCAAACCCAAAGCCAUUUUCGUUCCGGUCCUUCCCACCAUUCCACCCAAACCAGAAGUGGCUCCAAUCCCCAAGGCUGGGCUGAAGGGAACCUUGGAGCUGCCUGGAGACGAGUCGCCAGCUCCCACACCCACCACUGCCAGCUGCUCCUCCAGUGCUGCGGCACCGGGACGCCGGAUGUUGGUGAGCCACGCCAGCUGGGGUGGCCCAGAGCCUGGGAUGACCGAGCUUACUUUGGGCCGAGUGGGGGGCUCUUCUUUCUCCCAUUCGGGGGCUUCUUCUCCUCACCCGGCCGCUGGGAACCGGCGCCUUCGCUUGGCCACAAACAAGCCCUUCAAAACAGUCACCACCAGUGGGGCCAAGGUGGGUGGUGAGCCAAAGGCCGGCAAAGGAGGCCACAAAGGGGGCACCCCCAACCGCUUAUCGUGGCCGGAGAGCGAAGUGAAAGGCCGCAUGAAGGUAGCCAUCAAGGGGAGUGGGGAAACGGUCCCCAGAGGGGGGACCCGGGCGAAGUUAUCUCCUCACAAAAAUAAAAGCAAGACUCUGGACAACAGUGACCUCGGUCAUGGGCCGGUCAGCCUGUCCUCGUCUGGUUCCUGUUCCUCAGAGGCAGCCGUGGGGCUGAAGAGAGGCCGGGAGGGGGGUCGGUCCUCUACCCGUGACCGCAAAAUGCUGAAGUUCAUCAGCGGCAUCUUCACCAAGAGUCCUGCUUCCACGCCCACUCACCCAGGGCCCGGAUGGAGCCUGAGCCACAAAGAGCUGCUCAAUGUUGAACUAGCCAAGGCAGAAUUGCCCAGUGAGUAUGGAUGCCUGAGAGGCCUGCUUGCAUGCCAGGGGUUGAGCCGACAGCUGGCAGACUGGGAUGUGGGGGAGAUGUGGGAGAAGAGAAAGGGGACCCCGGGGCCAGUGGGUGGUUUGGAGAAGGCUUGUGGUGGGGAGCUGCAAGGAAAGGCAAGUAACGGUGGCCAUACAAGCGACUACUCCUCAUCCCUGCCUUCCACACCGAACAUCAGCCAUCGGGAGCUGCGCGGUGAAGCCUCAGCCAUUAUCGGUACACCAAGCUCCCUCCACCGUGGGACCAAACGGAGAACCAGCCUUUUCACUAAUCGCAGAGGGAGCGACACAGAGAAACGGAGCCUGGACAGCAGGGGUGAAACCACGGGGAGUGGCCGAGCCAUCCCUAUCAAACAGAGUUUCCUGCUGAAACGAAGUGGCAACUCUCUGAACAAGGAAUGGAAGAAAAAAUACGUGACCCUGUCCAGCAAUGGCCUUCUCUUCUAUCAUCCCAGCAUUAACGACUAUAUCCAUAGCACCCAUGGCAAAGAAAUGGACCUGCUCCGUACCACAGUCAAGGUGCCAGGGAAGCGCCCACCACGAGCUAUUUCGGCCUGCGGUGCCUCCUCAAGCAUUAAUGGCUUGGUGAAGGAUGUGAGCAGCGUUGGAGUAGGAGACAGCACCAGCCCCAGUCCAGGUCUGCUGAAUCCUCCAACUGACCAAUCGAUCAAUCUCUUAGGUAAACCAGACCGGAGCCUGCAACGUUCUGUUUCCUCCUCCAAGGCUGAGGCGGUCCUGGCUGCAGAAGGGCUAUCCAGUCCUGGCAGCAGUGGCAAAGACCCUCCUCCAUCCCCCAUGGUGGACAGAAAGAAACACAGGCGGAAGAAGCUCGCAACGCCUUCUAAAACCGAGGGCUCAGCAGGGCAGGCAGAAGCCAAGCGUAAAAUGUGGAAAUUAAAAACCUUUGGUAGUUUAAGAAAUAUUUAUAAAACAGAGGAGGAGAACUUUGAGUUCAUCAUCGUCUCCAGCACAGGACAGACGUGGCACUUUGAGGCCAGCAGCUUCGAGGAAAGAGACUCCUGGGUCCAGGCCAUUGAAAGCCAGAUCUUGGCUAGCCUACAAUGCUGUGAGAGCAGCAAGAACAAGGCUCGAAUGGACAGCCAGAGCGAAGCGGUGGCCAUUCAGGCCAUCCGGAAUGCCAAAGGCAACUCCUUGUGUGUGGACUGCGGGGCCUUGAACCCCACCUGGGCCAGCCUGAACCUGGGAGCACUGAUCUGUAUCGAGUGCUCCGGCAUCCACCGGAACCUGGGCACCCACCUGUCACGGGUACGUUCCCUCGACUUGGACGACUGGCCCCUGGAGCUCACCUUGGUGCUCACCUCCAUUGGCAAUGAAACAGCCAACAGCGUCUGGGAGAAGUGCACCCAGGGGCGCCGGAAACCCACCUGUGAAUCAUCCCGGGAAGAGCGGGAGUCGUGGAUCCGAGCCAAAUACGAGCAACGCCUGUUCCUGGCACCGCUGCCCCCCUCUGAACUGCCCCUCGGGUGCCAGCUCUUCCAGUCUGUACUGGACCAGGACCUGAGUUCUGUGUUGCUGUUGCUGGCUCACAGUUCCAAGGAACAGAUCAACACCCCCACUGGGGACAAGGACCGGCGCUCGGCCUUACACAUGGCAUGUGACCUGUCGAACGUGGUCAUUACUCAACUUCUAGUCUGGUAUGGUUCUGACGUGAAGGCCCGCGACGCUGUGGGGCACACAGCACUCUUCUAUGCCCGCCGAUCAGGGAACCAGGAGUGCAUCGACAUCCUCUUGCAACACGGCUGCCCAAACGAAGGCUACAGCACUAUCCCCACCCCGAGCAUGCGCCGGAAAAGCAGCAGUGCCAGCGUGGGAAGGACCGAGGCCAAGUCUGCCCUGGUGUAGCAUUCUGGGAGAAGUGUCUUCCCCAUCCCGGUGAUGCCAACAGGGGUGCAGCAACUGAUGCCUCCUCUCCCUACGGAGACCCACACUCCCUGUUGGCAUUUGGGUUCCGUGCCAAGGAGCCUUGGAUCAUGACUUCCUGUCACGCACAGGAUGUGAUGGCUGUCGCCCCCUCCCCCUUCCCCAAGCCCUUCUAUGACAGCUGUGCUCGGCACCAGCUGCCACACUGGGACUGUGGCUCAUGACUUUCCUUUAAGCUGGGUCUCGGGCGCGUUCUGUUGGGGCUACUCUGCUGGGCACGAGGGGAACGGCCAUCUCUGCAGGCAAGCAGUUGAAACUUACAGGGGUCUGCAACAGCAGCGUUACCCCCCAUGCUUGGCGUGAAGGAUCAGGGCCCAGGACUGUUUUGCCCUCUUCCCAGUUAACAGGGACCUUUGGGGUUGAAAGGGGCAAACAGCGGUGUGGGGACUUCUUUUUCCUUUCUUUCAGUGUUUGUAACGAGCUUUGAAGGUGGAAUGUAAUCAGUGUUAUUGGAGUGGCUAAGUGACCCACCUCGACUCACCAGUGGGCAUGGAAGUGACAAUGGGGGGAUUGCAAAAAGGGACCAAGGAGCAGGGGCCAGAAGCUAGAGAGGGAAUGUCCCUGCCGUUGUUUUGGUAUAAGUGGACAUUCUCCCACCCAGCGCUCCUUAUCCACCAGCCUUCCUCAGUAUUUCAGCAUUCAGUGUGCCAGGCUUACCAAACACAGUCGAGCGGCAGGAAUUCUAGACACCAUCAGCUUUCUCUCUCAAGAUCUGCCAUCUUCCAGAUGCGAAGGCUUGGAGGGAAGAAUCCCUGAUGCAGUGUAUUAUCGAAGGCUUUCACGGCCAGACUCAACUGGUUGUUGUGGGCUUUCCAGACUGUGUGGUCUGGUAGAUCUUGUUCCUAAUGUUUCGCCUGCAUCUGCGGCUGGCGUCUUCAGAGGUGUAUCUCAGAGAGGUGUGUUACACACUAUUCCCAGUGAGAAGGGAAUCCCUGCUGCGUUCUGCCUCUGCCUCAGGAGGGGAGAGGAAACGAGGUGGCGGGGGGGGGGGGGGCGUUAAAAUUCUGAGCCGAAGCUCCUGUCCUGGAGGCACUCAGCUUCCGUUCUGCAUCCACAGUUGAGUUAACUCUUCGACGCCCUGAGGAUGAGACGUUAUCAUGGCCUAUCAACAGCCUUUGCAGAGUCAGAGAGGGAAGUCUGGAGAAUCCUUUCUUUUUUUUUAGCACCAGCCUCCUGUUUUUCUGGAGAAGCAGAACAUGCCUCUGCAUCUGCUCCUGGAGGGUUGUUGUGACCCCCCCCCCCCAAAUCAAAGGGGUUCCUGUUGGGAAACAGCACUCCUAGUUCCCUAUUUUGUGACUCUUUUCUUUGACUGAAAUUUCACACGGCUGUAGCGCAGGCCAUCAAGAAGACGCUCCGCCGCUGCUCGAGGACAACUGGGGCUUUGCGUGUUCCAAGCCAAGACCAAACGGUCCUCCCCGGGGUAGGACCACAUUUAUCGACUGGCUUGUCCUUUGGGCGUACUAAGGACAACCAUCACGACCACUGUCCUUGCUCCUGAUUCAAAACUGCACUGAAGCACGUUCCUUCCUCAGACUCUCCUCGGGCUCCUGGACUGGAUCCUUGCACUGAAAAAAAUAUAUAUAUACAUGGUUCCCAAAGGCUCCAGGACGCCUCUCCCUGUCUCCUUGUUCUUCGAAACGCCCCGACCCUUUCAAGCCGUUCAGAGAGGCAGCUAAAAGCUGAAGCAACACAUUCCUUCGGUGGCCCAGGAGCAGGACAACCCCUCCGCGCACCCCCUCCCCACGUAGCUAGGGAGACCCUGAGCAACUCUGAGAGAUUACCAGGGCAGCACUUGGAUGCUGAGUACCCAGCUAAAGCUAGGAGCAGAGCCGCUGAGGAGAGUCCUUCUAAUGCGCCGCAGGCCCUGGCUUUUAAAACAAGACUCCUUUUUUUCUAGGGUUCCUUUGUAAAAAGCCCCUUUCUGACUACUGUUUCUAGCUCUGUUUUUAAUUUAUUGCUUCGUUUUGAAAGCCAGACAAAGGAAAACCUUUCUCUUUUCUCUUUUUCUUUCCUCUCUGGUUUGGCAGCUCUUCUGGUGCAAGUGUUUACAGGCCUCCUGUCCCUCCCUGUGGCAGAGGUGUCCGUGUGGUUGUGAGUGACGUGGUCUCAGGCUUUAUUUCAAAUCUGUGAUCAGGGUAAUGCAAUGAACUCCCCCCUCCUCUCCCCAGCGUGGGGGAAUCUGGGUGGGGUAUGAGCAGGCGGCCCAAAGCAGCCACUGCACUGGCUGGGCCGGCCCGUAGAACUCACUUCUAAUCCUGCCUGCUUCCCCCCCCCCCCCACACCUUGGGGCUCUGGUGUUUAUACCCACUGGAGCUGAGCUUGUGGGCAGUAGGCCCAAGCCCACCCAGGCCACGUCACCCUUCCCCCCUUGUCCCCAGGCCCCCUCCCCUCUGUCCUUCAAAACCUGAACAAGCUCAUGAAUGUAUUGGCAAUGGUGUUGCACGAGACCUGUACCCCCUUCUAGCCUCUAGGUGGAGAAGGCAAAGGGCCCAAUGACGUGGUACGGCAGGAAGCAGAGAGGGGCCGCCUUGCACCUUGGCGUCAGAGCUCUUCUCCCUGCCUUUGGGCCGCACUGCCUUGGAGACUAGAGCCUGGGGUUGCAGGACAGAAAGGGGGCGUUAGGUCUCGAAGACUGAAUGUAAUUUACACUGUUUGGGUCCGGCAGUUCGGCACAAGUUCCUAGGGGCUGGGAGAACCUCUUGUGCGAGCCCCAGAACGGAAUGGAAAUGGGACACCACACCUCCCAGGAAUGGCGGGGUGGGGAAGGCGGAGGUGUGCCAGAGCUGAUCUCUCCGGCCCUGUGCAGCCAUUGUAAUCUCUUGGAUUGUAAUUUGUAAGUAUGUGACAAUGUAAGAAGAUGUAAUAACAAUGACUGGUUAUUCCUUCUUGUGA